AUGGCGUCUGCAUUCAUGCAAUGGGCUAGGAGCCCGGCGGCCAAGGAGUACUUUUUAAGUACACAUUUUUGGGGACCUUUAGCGAACUGGGGUCUACCGUUGGCUGCCAUUGCCGAUCUUAAGAAAGAUGAGGAAAUAAUAUCAGGGUCAAUGACCACCGCCAUGACCUUCUACUCGUUGACAUUCAUGCGCUUUGCUUGGCGCGUGCAACCGCGGAACUAUCUUCUCCUCGCUUGUCAUUCAACGAACGCUACAGCCCAGUCCAUUCAAGGCAUUCGAUUCAUAAAUUACUGGUAUAACGGUGGGCGAGAAGCCAAGCUCGCGAAGGCUGGUGAAGCUCCUAGUGACGCUGAAGUAGCGGUCGAUUCUGCCAAAGUUAAGGUCGAAGAAAAGGCAGUAGGGGCUGCCAAGAAAUAG